GUCAGGCAAUGCCAGAGACCUGCUGCAGUUCUGGCUAAGUUCACGAGUCGAGAGCAGCGCAGCGCAUGAUCCCCUACUUUAUUCAUUUGACUAAGCAUUUUUGAACUACUUUUGCAGCCUCGUUCAGACAGCCAUAUUGAUGCACGGGACUGAUACAAUCAUCUUCAUCCUGUCAUGGUUUAGAUGCUGCAAUCAGGCAUCAUGGCGUUCACAAGCAGCAGACUUGUUUAUCAGUCAUUCUCGUGGACAUUUUUUGCACACUCCAUCAAGCAUAUGCUUUGUCUUUCCCCAAACUUCAACCCUUCAACUUUGACCUCGCCGUCGGGGCUUUAUCAGCCCCUUUAUACGCUCAGUCUGGUUUUUUCAAAUGGUACUGCCUUGGCUACUUAUUCUUUUUCACUUUCAGUCUACUCUCCUGAUGAUCGAGUAAAAUUUGGAACUUUCAGCACCUCGUCUUCAACUCAUUGUGCUAUGAUUCUGGUGCUGCUUUUGCUCAUGAUUUUUACUGUGACCAAUAUCCAGUGUUGAAGCAUCCUUCGUGCGGGCACCUCUCCUCUCGACCGAGCCUCCUAAUAUGAAUGACCUUCUUGCUUGUCCAGAAAGUAUCCUACUUGACGAUGUGGCUGCAAUUUACAGCUCUC